AUGAUAUCUGGAACAUCCACAGGUGGGAUUAUUGCUGCUGGACUAUCAGCACCAUCCUGGCAUCAAGUCUCAACAGAAUUGACAGAAUCAUCUGGAUACAAAUAUUCAGAGUUUGAACCAUUAUUCUCAGCUUCAUCUUUAUUAGAUUUUUAUCAGAAUAAUGCAAAAAAUUUAUUUGCUUCAGAUAAUUCACUUAUGGGUUACUUCAAACUAAAUACAACAACAAAAUAUAACAAUGAAGGUCGUCUUUCAAUGUUUAAGAAGGAUUUUGGUGAUGCUCGUUUAGAUUGUGCACUUACUCAAUUGGUUAUCCCUGCAGCAAGAAAAGAAGGUAACCUUACUCACUCGCAUUUAUUUACACAUUUUGAUGCACUUAAGGAUGAGUCAAGAAAUGAUACUUUUGUUAAUGCUUUAAUGGCAACAACAGCUGCACCAUAUUUUUUUCCACCCCACAACAUAAAUGAUAAGGGUGUUUUUCUAGAUGGCGGAUUACAUCUUAAUAAUCCUGCAAUGGAAGCUUACAAUGAAGCUAUUCGAUACAAUGUUGCUAGGGAAAAGAUUUUUAUGCUUUCAAUGGGUACAGGGAGCUAUAUACCGGAUCCUUUCAAUCCAGAUCUAUACCACGGUCAACUUUUUUGGGAACAGAAUCUUCAUAAUGCAAUGUCUCCUACACAAGAAGACAACACUAAUAAACAAUUGUAUACUAAUUUGGGAAAUAAAUAUCAGCGAUGGCAAGUUUGGUUUGAAGAGCCAUUGAAAUUUGAUGAUAUCAAUAAUAUUUCAACCCUUUUAGAAAUAGGCAAUCAGCACAUAGAAGAACUUGAUGCUUCGGAUGAGAAUCCCUUGAACAAACUGGUAGAGUCUUUUGAGGAGCAAGAAUCUAAUGAUUCAAAUAAUGACAACUAUAGAAAAAUCGAAUAA